UUUGCAAGUUUUACUUUCUCGACCGACUGACCGCGGCCUAGAAAACGCUGAGCUGACUGCAAUGUCCACCCUGGGCUCUAACCCACAUCUAUGCUUUAUUAUUUCUGUGUAUAUGCGACAUCACAGGUUUACGCCUAAAAAUAACUUCCAUCUCGGCAUGUUCCUUUCUUUUCCUCUCUCUAUAUGGGGCACACAGUAUUACUGGACACUUUACAGCUGAAUGCCUGGAAUAGGAAUGACAUGACUGAUGACGUCAUGGGUGAUGUAAACUCUUGAAAUGUCAUUCAUCUGAUUAGUUGAUGGACUACUAGUUUGUGACGUAUACUUCUGCUGAAUAAAAAUGCAAUAUAAAUGAAUGUUCUAUCGUUUGUUAACAUACUCUUUUCUUUUCUUUUUCAGGCUUACUUCUUUACAUGCAUAAAAAGAAUCGAGAUAACUAUAUUGUGUACAUAUAUUGAUGUAUUGAUUUUCACAUUUUGGGAGAUGGAAUUCUUUCAGAUCCUUCAAAAUCAGAGAAAUUCUAGGUUGUUUCUUUUAGCCUACUUGUAAAAACUUAACAGAUAAUAAUCAUGUAGUUACACAUUUUUCCCAUAAGCCCUUGGAUCUAGCCAGCUCAUUUACCUAGCUAUUAGGUAUAAUUUACAUUUUUUUUAUGUUAAAAGGACAUCAUUUGAAUGAUUAAUGGGUGAACAGAAAAUAAACCCCAUUUUAGUGUCUCCAUACAGCUGUUACUGCCUCUCACAGAGAAGUGUUAAUGUAACUUCAUGAGUACUCUCUGUUGGUGUUAUCUCAGUCACGUGGCAAUUAAACGACCUGAAAUCUUAAUUUAUAUUCAUUAAGUUGUGAAUAUAUCAUGAUUUAUUGAAACAGUUUGGUGCACUAUAAAAAAGGUAACCGUAAUCUAUGCAUCAUAAGCCCAACAUUUGAAGCUGUGGUCAGUUUUAUAAAGUCUCGUCAGUAGCUAAAUUCUAACAGCAGUGGGCGCUGAUGUGAAAGUGUCCAGCAAGAGCUUGAACAAUCCUUCAGGACUGUCCUUGCACGGAUCGUGAAACGGCUUUACGUUAUUGGAUUUGUUUGGACUGCUGACUGACUGUUUGUGGAGAUCUUUUUCUGCUUUCCGUCAUUUGCAUUCUGAUAUUUGGAAGCCAGAUGUCAUCCGCUAGGUCAGUGUUGUCGCUCUCCAAGGUGUACCAGCCCUGGGCCGGAUUAAAGGGCAACACGGUCAAUGUGAUAAGACCAGUGACAUGCAGCAGGAGAGAGAAGUCCACUUACACUCCCCCUCCUGCAAAAUAUGGAGGCCGACACACGGUAACUCUGAUCCCCGGAGACGGUAUCGGACCCGAACUUCUGAGCCACGUCCGAGAGCUUUUCAGGUUCUGCUGCGUCCCUGUGGAUUUCGAGGUGGUGAAGGUGGACUCCACGGCGACGUCAGAGGAUGACAUUAAUAAUGCUGUCACAGCCAUCAGACGCAACGGAGUUGCACUAAAGGGCAAUAUAGAGACCAAUCACAAACUUCCACCCUCUCACAAGUCCAGGAACAACAUGCUACGCACAUCGCUGGACCUGUAUGCUAAUGUGAUGCACUGCCAGACUCUCCCUGGUGUCCAAACCCGACACAAGGACAUAGACAUCAUCAUCAUUAGAGAAAAUACAGAAGGAGAGUACAGCAGCUUAGAGCAUGAGAAUGUUCCAGGGGUUGUUGAGUGUCUGAAGAUCAUCACUCGGAUGAACUCUCUGCGGAUCGCCGAGUACGCCUUCAAACUUGCCCGAGAGAAAGGUCGACGCAGGGUCACUGCUGUACAUAAAGCCAACAUCAUGAAGCUGGGUGAUGGUCUCUUCCUGCAGUGCUGUAAGGAGGUAGCAGCGGGAUAUCCAGAUAUUACUUUUGACAACAUGAUUGUGGAUAACACCACCAUGCAGCUAGUCUCCAAGCCCCAACAGUUUGACGUGAUGGUGAUGCCAAACCUCUAUGGUAACGUGGUCAGCAACGUGUGUGCUGGACUCGUGGGUGGCCCAGGUUUAGUUCCAGGAGCCAACUAUGGCAAAGACUAUGCUGUUUUCGAAACCGCUACAAGGAACACUGGGAAAAGCAUUGCUAACAAGAACAUUGCAAACCCCACAGCGACACUGUUGGCCAGCUGCCUCAUGCUGGAUCACUUGAAACUUCAUGAUUAUGCCAGCAUCAUUCGAAAAGCAGUCCUUACAACUCUGUCUGAGACUCAGUUACACACAGCUGAUCUGGGGGGUCAGGGCACGACAUCGGACGUGGUGCAAGCCAUAAUGCAGGAGGUUCAGAGGAGCAGACUGCAUAUUUCCAAACCCAUCUGAACACCCACAUCAGGUAGAAAUCUUCAAUCAAUAUAUACAGCAGAAUUGUGUGAAGCUCAUGUGUGGAUGUGUUCAGUCGUGUGUGUGGCUUUACAACUUUAAGCUACAGCUUUGUUAAUUCAAUUGCUCUGUGUAUGCUACAUGUAGGUUAAAGUUAUAAUACGCAAAACUGUGACAGUCAUUAUAAAAAUUAACCGUGAGUGGUUACAGGUGUAGUUUAUAGGGUUUUUUUAAUAUCCAGAGUUUACUUGAAAAAACUAAUGCUGUUUCACUUCACUCAGAAAUUACACAGAAUUUACGCCAUUUUUACUGCUACAAAGUGGCAAAAAAAACAAAAAAAAACACCUCAAUACAAAAAUCCAACAAGCUUUGAAUCUUUGAAGGCUGAUUCAGAGUCAUUACCUCCUGUUUAGUCAGUGUUACAGAUUCAACAAGCUAAUACACUAUAUUGCCAAAAGUUUUGGGACAUCUUCAACUCUUCUGGGAAGGCUUUCCACAAGGUUUAGGAGUGUGUUUAUGGGAAUUUUUCACCAUUCCUCUAGAAGUGCAUUUGUGAGGUCAGGCACUGAUGUUGGACGAGAAGGUCUGGGUCACAGUCUCCGCUCUAAUUCAUCCCAAAGGUGUUCUAUGGGGUUGAGGUCAGGACUCUGUGCAGGUCAGUCAAGUUCCUCCAUACCAAAUUCACUCAUCCAUGUCUUUAAUGGACCUUGCUUUGGUCACUGGUGUGCAGUCAUGUUGGAACAGGAAGGGGUCAUCCCCAAACUGUUCCCACAAAGAGCAUGAAAUUGUCCAAAAUGUCUUGGUAUGAAGCUGAAGCAUUAAGAGUUCCUUUCACUGGAACUAAGGGGCCGAGCCCAACCCCUGAAAAACAACACCUGAAUUCAAUGAUUUGGAGGGGUGUCCCAAAACUUUUGGCAACAUAGUGUAUGUGUAUGUUGAUACUCAUUAAAACGUCAAGAAGUGCUACUUGUCAACGUUGUGAGCAGCCGAACAGAUCUGUCACCUCUUGAACCCUGAGCUAGUCGGAGGUACAAGUUGUGAGCUUUAUUCGAACACAGUCAUAAGUAAUCAUUCUUAGCCAAACACUUGGACAUUAUUAAACCCACCAUGUGUACAACUAACACUCAGCAUGAGCCUUAAAUACAUAUUCAACACACUGAGGCAUGAAAUAUGGCAGCACACCUGCUACAAGCACCUUUAACAGGGAUUCACAGACACAUUUAUCUGUACUAUUUAUACAAACGUCCCCAUAUCGUACGUUUACACGACACCGGAAAACACGUUUAACAUGUUAUUCAAUCAGCAGUAUGCAGGAAAUGGAUACCUCUUGAUGAACAUUUUAUUUUUUCAUAAAUGUCUAGGGAUAUUAAAGUUACCGAUAUGUUCCUCUCAGGCUUUUUUUUAAAGCUUCCUUUGGCAACCGUACAGUCCGAGGUUUAUUAUUAGAUUUAUUACAGAUACAUGGAACCAAGGAUUACUGUGUUCAUAACUUGGCGUGUGAUUUAUUGUGAUUUGAUGGCUGCUCACUUGAAAUAUUGCUUGCUGCUUUAAUUCUGGACCAACAAACACUUCAGUUCUUAAACACCGUCUGUGAGAAAUACAAUUUGCACCUAAAGCCAUAGGUUUGCUAUAAGAUGGAUCGUUACACUAGGACAGAAAAAUAAAACCAUUUUUUUUGUGUGUGAUGAGUGAUGUUUCCUGUAUGUGGAUAGAAAAAUAGACUUUUGGAUUUCAUAACGCUGUUACAGAAAACCGAUACUCAUUGUGUGUUAAUGUUCAGGAAAAUAAACACCAGGAAUCUACGGUCGUAAUAGCAUACUGAGUUCUUGGUCCAGUGUUUUUUGUGUUUUUUUCAUGAAUGUAGCACUGUGGAUAAAGUAUAAGCCGGUGAGAUUGUGUGCAAUAAAUACUUCUCACUUCAAAAA